AUGGGUCGCGAAGCAGAGCAACCAAAAGCAAUAGUACUCGCAGCCACAGCCCCAGUCACGCCGCCGCCAGCGCCAACGGCUUUGGCUCCAGGCUUCAGGUUCCACCCAACAGACGAAGAACUCGUCAUUUACUACCUCAAGCGCAAGGUGUGUCGAAAACCCUUCAAAUUCAACGCGAUCUCCGAGGUCGACAUCUACAAGAGCGAGCCUUGGGACCUCGCAGAUAAGUCGAGCUUGAAGAGCAGGGACCAGGAGUACUACUUUUUCAGUGCAUUAGACAGGAAGUAUGGAAAUGGGGCAAGGAUGAACAGGGCUACAAACCUAGGGUACUGGAAGGCCACAGGAAAUGACAGGGCAGUCAAGCACAACGACAUCACUGUGGGGAUGAAGAAAACCUUGGUUUUUCAUAGUGGCCGAGCUCCUGAUGGCAAAAGGACCAAUUGGGUUAUGCAUGAGUAUAGGCUUGUUGAUGAAGUAUUUGAAAAAGCUGGGCUUGGUUCCAUUCAGGAUGCAUUUGUGCUGUGUAGAGUAUUUCAUAAAAGCAACAUAGGACCACCAAACGGGCACAGAUAUGCUCCUUUUGUUGAGGAGGAAUGGGAUGAUGAUGACAAGUUAACUUUGGUUCCUGGACAAGAGUCCCGGAAUGAAGCUGUAGCUGGUCGGGAUGCAUUUAUUAUAGGAAAUGGUCAUGCUGCUUGUAAUGACCAAAAUGCUCAUGCUGCACGUAGUGAACAAAAUGCUCAUGCUGCACGUAGUGAACAAAGUGGUCAUGCUGCACGUAGGGAACAAAAUGGUCAUGCUGCAUGCAUUGAAGGAAAUGAUCAUGCUGCAUGUAAUGGAGAAAAUGGUCAUGGCACUUCCGUCCAAGGAAAUGGUCAUGGCACAUCCGUCCAAGGAAAUGGUCAUGGCACAUCCGUCCAAGGAAAUGGUCGUGGCACUUCCGUCCAAGAAAAUGGUCAUGGGACUUCCGUCCAAGGUAAUGGUCAUGGAACUUCCGUCAAAGGAAAUGGUCACGCAACUUCAUUCGAAGGAAAUGAUCAUGGAACUUCAGUCGAAGGAAAUGGUCAUGGCACUUCUGUCAAAGGAAAUGGCCAUGGCACUUCUGUCAAAGAAAAUGGCCACGGCACUUCUGUCAAAGGAAAUGGUCAUCUUACUUCUAUUGAAGGAAAUGGCCAUGGCAUUAUAAUUGGAGAUGAUCAUGGAACUACUAAUGAGGGUAACUGUCUGGAAAUGGUGGAAUAUGGUCCUGAUGUGCACAAUGCAGGAAAUAAUUUUGAGCAGGAUACUCAGCCCAUCAGCAAUGCUCUCGUGACUGAUGCUGAACUUCCAACAGAGAAUGAAAAUGAUUUACCGCUUUGCAAGACAGAGAGAAUGGAUGAUUAUCCCAUGACAUGUGUGAUUAAUCGGGAAGAGAGAUUGGAUGAUUAUCCAUCACCAGGUCCUGAUGAUGCACAACCCCUGCUAUCUUUGUUUAAUCGACAUCCUGGGCAACUACGCCAGUAUAAAAGAAGGCGGCAUAAUGAUUCAAAUUCUAACCAUUCAAAUGCUUCUGACAUUUCAAGUGGGAUGACACAUGACCCUUGCUCGUCCACAACAACAACAGCGUCAACUGAGGCAUCGAUGACCACGACAACAAGAAAUUUUCUGUCUGCACUGGUGGAGUAUCAGCUGUUAGAAUCCCUUGAACCCAAAGAUACUACUCCACCACCACCGCCUGAAUUCAGUGCUGCUUUGCUUCAUUCAUCUGUGCCUCCUAGCUGCUUGAAAUAUGUAGAGACUCUGCAAAAUGAAAUCCACAAGAUCUCUAUUGAGAGAGAGACAUUGAAAUUUGAAAUGAUGAGUGCCCAAGCCAUGAUUAACAUUCUUCAAGCACGAAUCGAUCUUCUAAACAAGGAGAAUGAGGAUUUGAAGAGGAACAAUGUCUGA